AUGAGCAAAAAUCCCAAGCUCGUUUUCGACGUGCCCCAGAACCGAAUCCAAGAAGUGGCUCAACUAGAUGUGUAUAACACUUCGCAAUAUUUGAUUAUAACGACGUCAAACGACGUGUUGGUGGUUAGCGUGGGUCCGGAUGUGGUGAAGAGGAUGUACAAGGCGGCCUUCCCUGUGCACGCGUUCGGCCUACCCAUGGCGGCGACGUGGAUCCCCUCCUUGGCGGUCCCGUCCUUGGCGGUCCCGUCACCGACCGCGUCUUCGCCGUUUGCCGACGCCCCAAACCCGGGGGGAGUCCCGACGUCGAGUGGAGGUCCCCCCACCCCGAUGGCGGGUGUGCCAGUGAUUGCGUCGCAGAAGGGUUUGCUGUUAUACAUUAAUCCGUCGGCACCACAUCGUGCGGGAGUGUUGGAUGGCUUCCGUGGUCGCAGUGUGGUGGGUGUGGGACAGGUGGGUGGUAGGUUGAUUGUAUUGGAGCAGGCUGGUGUGUUGCACUUCUUUGACGUUUGUGCGGACCCUAUGUUUGGAUACAAGUUGGCUAAUGGACAACGAUUGGUGUUACAUAUGAGAGGUUGGACUGCUUCUCAACCCUUUACACGUCUCCGUUGUAUCGCGCACUGGGUCUUGCUCCUAACUAGCCUCGAUUGUCUCCUCCUUGUUGAUGCCGCAGCGCUUCAUAAACGGUGGAAACUCGGUGCUCAAACUGCACUGUUGCCGGUACAUGUGCUUAACACUUCUGGUGUUUGCGAUACGUGCGCUGCUGCACACAUCCUCUAUGCGCCUACCACAGCUCAAACCAUUCUAGCCGCAGAACUCUCACUAGACUCCACCGGUCAACCCGCUCUUCUAGCACUCCUCACCACCGAUCGCUCUCUCGUCGUGUUACUCAACCCAGCUAGAAACAAAUUCCGGACUCGACCUGAAACCGUUUCGGGACGUACCCCAAACCGACUACCAGAUCUACCCACACGCUGGACACGCACAGAACACCUGCCAGACUCACUUGCCAAGUGUCCGCAGGCGUUUACACUCCUUCCACCCUGCGGCCUAUGCGUACAACGUACAGACCGACAACUCCUCCACUUCCCUGAUCUAGCAUCCCUUGGCAUGGCACACUCCACCCUACCCCCCACCGCUGCCUGCGACCUCCUAGAACGCCCUACCCACGCCAUCCGCAAAACAAAAGUCAAUAUCCUCGGCCAAGACGGAACCUUCACUACCUACACAACAACCAACUAA